AUGGCCCCAAGGAGGGACAAACCUGCUAAUUCUUGCAUGUUGUCGUCUGCCCCGACCACAGUCUUUAUUCGUUUGGAUAAAAUACGUAUCACUAGCAACGUUGUCAAUAUGAAGGCUGUGUUCGUCCUAGCUGUCCUCUUGUGCGCUUUGGCCUUGACCCUUGGCGACCUUGUCUGCGGCACCAAUUACUGCAAGCAGCACCCUUGCACCAACAGCUUGGCUCGCAGCAGCUGCCGCACGCCUUCAGUCUACCGUGCUAGCCACGCCGGCAAAUGCGCCUGCUGUCCAGCUUGCGUUACUUUCUUAGAUGAAGGACGACCAUGCAAGACCUAUAGCAAGGAGCUGGGAGAGACGCCAUCAGCAAUAUGCCGUGAGCCACUCAAGUGCUUGACUGGCGUUUGCACCAAAGUUCCUCCUCGUGGU